GAAACGACGAGGAGUAGCCGAGCGAGGAGGAGGAGGACGCGAAGGAGGCAGCGAGCCCGGCUCUCUUCUCCGCCCGCCGCCUGAAGGACCGCGGAGGGGAAGGUGCUGCGGCGGCGCCCCGCGAAAUUUGAAAGUGGCCGGGCUUCUUGCUGCGCGUUGCGCGGAUCCCCAGCGGCUCCGGAUCCCGCCGUUCCAGGAGGAGGAGGAGGAGGUGACAGAGGGGUGCGGCUUGGAGGUCCUGGGUAUUUGACGCUCUUUUCAACGAUAGGCCGGACGGGAGAGAGAAGAUGGACCUGAUUUCAGCCAAAACAGCCCCCACCAGGAGGAAUCUUUUUGGACCAGUGGAUCACGACCAUUUGCUGCAGGAGUUCCAGAGCAUGAUGAGGUCCAGCAUGGAACAGGCGAAGCAAAGGUGGAACUUCGACUUCUCCCAGGACGUUCCCAUCAUGGGUCUCCUCCAGUGGGAAGAGCUGCAGGGCCACGAGGUCCCCGCCUUCUACCACACGCACGUGGCCCGGGAGUCUCGCCCACCUCUGCAGCCCGCGAACAGGACUGUGGACAGAGAAGGGAAAGUUCGCCUCCUGGGGAGAGAGGCGGAAAGAGGCAGAGCGAUCAAAACUGUGACACUCGGGAAGAAGCGAAGACAGACGUAUUUGACAGAUUAUUAUACAACAAAGAAGCAGAUCAGGACUGAUAUGCAAACACCUGUAAAGAAAUUGGCCUUCUAAACUGUUGGAUCGCUGCCCAGUUGUUGUUUUUUUCCCUUAAAAGAACUUCCAAGCUUAUACAACAUCUCAUAAUGAUCUCUACUGAUAACUAACCCUUUGUAGCUGCGCA